GGUAAAUGCCAUGAAGCACGAGGAUCAAUCUUUCGUGUCUCAACGUAAGCUGACGGAUCGGUAAUGACACCUCUCCCUCAAAUGACACGCCGUCAAGCGCGCCGCGCCGCUUGCGGAUGCAAAUAAAUUGUUGCUGGUCGGUCACAGGAGUCUGCAGUUUAAACUCACAUUCAUGAGAAGAUAAAGAGAACCAUGGGAACAUUUUAUCGGUCGACGCAUUGGAGCAUGCUCCGCUUUGUCUAUUUCGUGGCUGCAGUGAUACUCUGUGUGGAAGGUGAGGGCAGUGUAAGGCUCGUUUACCCAAGGCUUCUUGAGGAGAGGUCUUCCGACGGUAGGAUGGUGGUCCACGUGCACGACGACCUCACGCUGAACCUCAGGAAAUCCUCGGUCGCAGCCGGUGAAAUCCGUGUGCUGACGGAGGAAGACGGACGCCGGGUCACGCGAUUCUACAAUGGGGAAGAUAUUGAGAAACAUCUUUACGAAGACGAAGAAAAAAUUGCUUCUGUCAUGCUGACCACAACAGAAAACGGUGUCCGCAUGGAAGGACUAGUGGGACCCAGACACAGGAUCCAGCCAACGCAGAUCUCUGAGAGAUCUGAAGAUGGCGUGGUGCCUCAUGAGAUCCACGAAAUUGAGCAGAAGGAAAUGUUGGACAAAACUCUGAGUUACAGACGCGAAGCUGCAGAUGUUCCCAGUGAGAGAUCAUCGUUUUAUGGAGGCAACGUUCCGUACUCCGUAACUGUGGAAGUGUUCAUAGUUUCAGACAAAAAACAUCAUGGCCACUUCAGACACACGGAGCACCAGCUGUGGUAUUUGUGCGUUAUGAUCAAUGCUGCAAACUUAAGGUACCAAGCCACGUCGAAUCCAAAGGUGAAGCUCCUGCUUACAGGCCUUGAAAGAAGUCAGAAGGAAAACUACAUUGUUUCACCGGAGGACGGUUACCUGUUCGACGACCUAACAAUAGGAAUGUUCAAAGUGCACGCCAUUAGACACAAGAAGGAAUAUGGCUAUCCAGAUUGCGUCUAUCUCAUGACGGGGCUUAACGUGUUUACCAUCUAUAAAGGCAAACUGACUGACGCCGGUUUAGGAAUCGGCUUCGUUUCCGGUGUCUGCACAAACCACUUCGUCGCACUCGGGGAAGACAGUCCGGGACUUUUCAGUGGAACGCACACUUUUGCCCACGAAAUUGCUCAUCUGCUGGGAGCAAAACACGACGGAGAUGGCCCAGACCCGGACAUCCCAGGACACCCUGGUGCAGUAGAUUGUCCUUGGAAUGACGGAUACAUGAUGAGCUACGUCAACAAAGGGCCUGAAUACCACCGUUUCUCGCAGUGCAGCUUGGACCAAAUCCGGCACGUUUUACGCCGUGCAGGACCAGCGUGCUGGAAGGUGUCAUCAUCGGGCAGCAUUGUGAAGCGUGUGUACCCAGGAAUGACGGUGACCUUUAAAAAAUUUUGCAGUGCCUUGCCAACCGACAAGGAAAACUCCACGUAUGAAUACGUCACCGUCAAUCAAAGCUCUUGUGUCGUGUCGUGCCAUUUUUCUAAAAUGUACACGUAUGUAUGGUCUAAUGGAGUAAAGGAACGUUACAAGAUUUCCUUCACCAAAAAACAAGACGCGUUGGACUACAUGCAAUGUGGCCCCUAUCAUGUUUGCAUACAAGGAGUGUGCAUCGAAAAGCCUGACGUUGCGGGACAGACAUAUGGACCAACUGAUGUCGUCGAGACCUCUUAUGCACCAAUUACCUCAACACCGACGGCGAAAACUCCGAGAAGAAGGAUGUUCCCGGUGCGGCACAGGACAAGGAAUUGGUGACUGAUGCGGUGAUAACACAAAUGUGGAAUCAGUGCGCGCACUGCUAAUGUGAAUUGUACACAAUCUGUAAUGAAUGAAAUACGGUAAUAC